AUGGUCUACCUGCGUUGCUUUCUGCACGAAGAACUCCGCAUGUAUCCCCCCGUCGGGAUCAACUCCCGCAGCGCGCUACGCACCACAACCCUCCCCUACGGCGGCGGCGCCGACGGGAACGCGCCCAUUGUCGGCCCCGAUGCUGGGACGUUCCGGCCCGAGAGAUGGGGAGAGGAGGCGAUGAGAAAGGUCGGGUGGGCAUGGCUUCCGUUUAACGGGGGACCGAGGGUGUGUUUGGGGCAGCAGAUGGCGCUGACGAUGGCGGGGUAUGUGUUGGCGAGGGUGCUGCAGGCGUUUGCGGAGGUGAGGGAUAAUGGGGUUCCGGGGGAGGAGGUCAGGUAUGCGGUUAAGAUUAUUAUGGUGCCUGGGCAGGGGUUGAAGGUGAAGAUGAGGUAA